CGACCUCUCAGCUCUAAAAAAAAGGUUGUUGUUUUUUUUUAAUCCGGGAUAAAAGUUUUUAUACUAGAUGAAAGUUUUAUUCAAGACCUUCUCGAGAACUAAACAACAGGUGUGUCAGCAGUAAGGGAGGGUUGUGUGUCAUCAUCUGUCUCUCACUCCCCAGCCAGAAAAUUACAAUUUUGAGAAGAAAAAUGGGCAGAUUGUUGGUGUACGGCAUUUUGGGAGCAGUGUUUCUGUGGACGAAUUUACUGUGCAGGGCACAGCCAGUGCCUGACAUCAAGUUCAAAGUGGAGGAGCUGCUCUUGACAUUGGAGGAGCUGCAGGUAAAAUGGAAUCACCCUUACCUGGCCCCCGGCCUCUGGGAGGAGAGCGCGGGCCUGUAUCCUAGCGACGUCCGCCUCAACUUCGUCGGCAGGCCGGAAGUGGCCGAACUCCGGCAGUUGAUUUCGGUGUUCGACAACAACAUGUUCGCGACUGCCUGGAUCACCAGCACGUUGCUGGAGGCUUACCUCUACGGCAACACUCCUAGGACCUCGGAUGAGCAGUUGCACCUGGCCAUCGAUGCCAUCGGCCAGUUCCACGACCACAACCACAACUACAACAACUCUCUCAUGUGUUUUUGGCCUCAGGUCUACAACGCCACCACUAGUACCUGGGUUAGCACCCCUGCCAAUCUCCUGGAAUCAUACGAUGUCGUCGUUCGAAUGCCGUGGACUGAAAUCGAUGAAAUUCUGGAGAAACUCGGAUGGCAGGACGUGGAGAAAUUCAUCAACGAGAUAAUCAAAGACAGAGAUGGGUACCUGAGUGUCUUCCACAUUCCGCCAGACUUCGACGACACGUUCGUCAACCUGGGACUGGGAUCUCUUCUCGUGGACCUCAGCCACGACUUCCCUGAGGCACUGGCCCGCUGGCAGCGCGACAACACCAACCUGACGUCACUACUGGACGCCUUGCGUCGUUACGCUUACAGACCGUUCGGCCAGAACCCAGAUCUCAGCUCCAUCGACCCGCGAACCUACUACUACAUUCGGUAUUUCUUAAACGAGGCUCACGCUGCUGGCCAAGACGUGGCCCUGGUUCCAACUUGGGUCCAGUCGAUCGAGGAGGCGAGGCAAAUGCGUGACCGUGGAGUGGUGAUGCCCCUGCAGGUCAACAACGUCGACGCCACUGUGGCCGCCAACACUGUGUACGGGCUGACAGGCGCCAUCUUGUCCGGGCUGCUUCCCUCUUCGGUACUGGAUGACCCUGACAUAAGGCAAAUAUACCAAAAUACCACCACAUUCCUCAUCUUCAUGAUGGAGAACGCACUGUUUGGCCGACCUGACCUGGCUCUGACGUAUUAUCCCUCAGUCUUCGAGUUUUACUGGUUUGUCGCGAGAACUUACAACCGGAUGGAGACUGCUCGCCGAUCCAGACCUCUGCCUGCUGUGAUGGAAGAGUUGCUUCCAAGACUAGAGAGUGCGCUGCAAGGGCCCGUCACUGAUGAAAUUCUCAAAAAAUCACAAGAGUUCGAGGACAUGAUCUACUUCGACGACUUUCUAGGCGACGCUGAUGUUGACUCAAACAACGUUACUCUGGUAAAAGCCGAGGACCGACUGUUCACUACAGCCAUGGCGGGCAAUGUUCUCUUGACUACGUGGACACUCUUCAACGACAGUGACAGGACUCUAAGGUGGAAAAGGGAAACGCCUGGCGGUGUACAGACAGCCGUGGAAAAAAUCGUUCGCUUCCUGUCCCGAUACAUUCUCGAAGUGACCUACAAACCAUGGAAUGCUUUCUUCUCAGCCUCAGUCAAAGGCAAAACUUCGAAGGCCGGCGACUACCCGACCAACUGCGUCGUCCUGCUCAACGGCACUCGCGACUACGUCAUCGACAAACGAGUGAAAGAUGGUCUGGCGUACACGAUGCUGGGUUACGUCAGCGAGUCGGAGUAUGAGGUGAUGGUCAACGACACCGGCAAGACGCCAACGAAGUUCGUCAGCUACAACGACCCCAACGUCUUCUUCCGGUUUUGGUCUUCGCCAUCCUACACCUAUGCUGUGGCCAUGCUUGUACUCGGGCGUUACGACAAGUUACAGACGGAAGGCGACUUGGCUAGCCAUGACUAACAGCCCGGUUACUAUGGUUCCAUGGCUCUAUUCACGACAAUGUCAUAUGAUUAUACAUUAAAAUAAGAGCAUUGGA